AAUGAAACGUGAGAGAGAGAGAGAGAUAAGAGUUUAAGUGGGUUUGAGAAGGGAAAAUGGUGAAGAUAGCUCUUGGAAGUUUUGGAGACUCCUUCAGUGUUGGGUCUCUCAAGGCUUAUCUCUCUGAAUUCAUCGCUACUCUUCUCUUCGUAUUUGCUGGUGUUGGAUCUGCCAUUGCUUUUGGGAAGGUGACGUCGGACGGAGCGUUGGACCCCGCAGGACUGGUGGCAAUAGCGGUGGCUCAUGCGUUUGCACUGUUUGUCGGAGUGGCGAUAGCCGCCAACAUCUCCGGCGGACAUCUGAACCCAGCUGUCACCUUGGGAUUGGCCAUCGGCGGCAACAUCACCCUCCUCACCGGCCUUUUCUAUUGGAUUGCUCAAUGCCUUGGCUCCAUUGUGGCUUGCGGCCUCCUCAAAUUUGUCACAGACUUGAGUGUUCCAACGCAUUCAGUUGGUUCGGGGAUGAGUGUUUUGGAAGGAGUAGUGAUGGAGAUAGUAAUAACGUUUGCUCUCGUAUACACGGUGUAUGCGACGGCCGCAGACCCAAAAAGGGGCUCACUCGGUAUAAUCGCACCAAUAGCCAUCGGGUUCAUCGUGGGUGCCAAUAUCUUGGCUGCCGGCCCAUUCAGCGGUGGUUCGAUGAACCCAGCUCGAUCAUUCGGUCCAGCCGUGGUGAGCGGAGACUUUACCGACAACUGGGUUUACUGGUUGGGUCCAUUAGUUGGUGGAGCUUUGGCUGGGCUUGUUUAUGGUGAUAUCUUUAUUGGGUCUUAUUCCCCAGUUUCUGCCUCCCAAGACUACCCUUAGAAAUCUUUAAUCCAACUAAAGAAUGGUUUGUUUUCUUCUGUUGUUGAUUUUCCUUGUUUGUUUGAUGGGAUGCUCGUUUUCUGAUUAAUAAAAAAUGUAAAUAAUGGUUUAUGUGAAUUCUCAUUUCAUUCAA